CUCCUUACAGCUCCUGGAAAUUAUGUGGGUGCAAGACUUUGUUGUUUACGUGUGAAUUUCUUAUCAGUGUCGCUUUGUGUGACCCUUUUUAAGACAUUUUAACACUCUUAAUUUUUCUCAAAGUUUCGUUACUUACAUUCGAACGCUAUCGCUUCUUCAUUCGAACAUUCCGGCCGAUUUCUUCCAUUUUUUGGAAUCUCGCUCCGCGACAACCGCAGAAAGGAGUUUUCCAGAUACCUGUUGUGUUUUACCCGUAAUUUCCGCUCAUGAUCCUCAACACGCGUAACCGUUCUGGGAUAUGUUUACUUGAGACCUGAGCUCGUGUCGUGUUGGUGACGGGGCAAGCGUACACACGUUAUCUCUGGCACGCAGUGAAUGUGAUGUUUUGAAAUCUUCAUUUUCCGAAAAUGAAGAAGUUUACGUUCAAAAGUUUUCUCCGAUCAUCCGUGAGCCAGCAGCCUCGUAGUGACCAAGAAAUCGUAGAAACCCUACGCUCUGAGAACUUCCAAGUGACAAAGACGUUCCGGCAUGGAUUCCCGUAUCAACCAACAGCUGUUGCUUUCGACCCCGUUCAGCGGCUUUUGGCAAUCGGGACAAAGACUGGCUCUCUGAGAAUAUUGGGGAGGCCAGGCGUUGACUCGCACGUAAAACACGAAGACAAUGUAGCUGUGAUACAGAUUCAAUUUCUAAUUAAUGAAGGUGCUCUUGUAACAGCCACCACAGAUAAUAGUGUUCACCUGUGGAACUUUCGCCAGAAAAAACCUGAAAUUGUUCAAAGUGUUAAAUUUCAAAAAGAAGAAAUUACAUGUAUUUAUUUACCCCUGCAAAGUAAAUGGUUAUAUGUGGGGACAAAAAAUGGCAAUGUCUAUUAUGUAAACAUAGAAACUUUUGUUAUUUCUGGCUACAUUAUCAACUGGAACAAAGCCAUUGAACUAUGCAGAAAAACACAUCCUGGUGCUGUUGUUCAUUUAUGUGAAAAUCCCUUGGAUCAUAGCAAGUUAUUGAUAGGUUUUGAAACUGGUCAGUUAGUGUUGUGGGACUUGUGUCUGAAAAAAGCAGAGCACCGUUGGCAGACACCAGAACCGCUGACAUCAAUAUCUUGGCACUAUGAUGGGAAGCAGUUUGUGUGUAGUCAUACCGACGGUUCCCUUACUUAUUGGAGUACGCGAUAUUUGGAUAAACCAAACUCCAUCAACCUUCCCCAUGCCAAAACAAAUAAAGAUGGGAAAUUAGAAACUUGUAAACCAAUUAAUAAAGUAGAAUGGAGACAUCUCAGAUCAGGAGAUGCUUUUGUGAUAUUCUCAGGUGGCUUACCUCACGAUACUGCAGGUCGCUCACCAAGCAUUACUGUGAUGCAGGGUAAAAACAUUACUGUCUUAGAAAUGGAACACAAUGUAGUAGAUUUUGUCACCCUUUGUGAAAACCCUUGGAAUUUUGAUGCUCCGAGUCCUUAUGCUGUCGUAGUGGUGCUUCAAAAUGACCUAGUAGUUCUUGACCUCCUUACCCCUGGUUUCCCUUUAUUUGAAAAUCCAUAUCCAAUGGAUCUCCAUGAAUCUCCAGUAACAUGUUGCAGUUAUUUCGCCGACUGUCCAUCUGACCUUAUUCCAGCGUUUUACUGCGUUGGAUCAAGAGGUAGUCAGCGAAGAACAGGGUUUAGCGAAAAAGAUUGGCCUCUCAGUGGUGGAGAGUGGAGUCCUACUUCCUGUAGUUAUAAUGAAAUUAUCCUAACUGGGCAUGCCGAUGGAAGUGUAAAAUUCUGGGAUGCAAGUGCCGGCUCUUUACAAGUGUUGUACAAACUAAAAACAGCUAAAGUAUUUGAAAAAAAUCAUUCGAGAAGUAUGGAUGGCUCAGAUGAUGAACCGUAUGCUGUACAACUCAUUUCUUUAUGUCCGGAAAGCAGAAAACUUUGUAUUGCUGGUGCAUCUUCCUAUGUUAUGUUAUUUAAAUUUAGAAAAUUAGAAUCUAUAUCGGAAACAUGUGUGCUCGAAAUUCCAAUAGUUUACAGUGAUACUAUAGAGGGGGAUACGGAAUUAUCUCCUGAAUUUGAUUUUACGCCUCGACCGAACUCCUCUGAAAAUGAUGUAAAAAAGCCUGGAGCAGAUUAUGGUCUUCCAGUUAAAGUGCGCAGUGGCGUGCAGAAGAAACCGCCUGGUUUUCAACCUUUUCUAGUUUGUCUUACCCCAGUGGUUGCUGGCAAGAAACCUGUUCAAAUUACUGCUCUGUCAAUCAACUCCUCCUACGGCUUAAUGGCAUAUGGAAAUGAGAAUGGAAUAGCUGUGAUCGAUAUAGUGCAAAAAGUUUGCGUGCUCAAUGUUGGUACUCCUGAUUUAUAUGGUGCUUGUGAUCCCUACAUGAGAGUGCCCCGCUCUCCCAAGUGUGCCAAUCCCAGCAGCUGUGAUUUUACUUCCGAAAAUGAACGAUGUCGAUCGCCUAGCAAUGAUCAGGAGCAACUUGAAGAAGCAAAUAGAGAGGCUUUAACUCCCGAGGUGUGUUUAUCCAACACCUCACCGUUAUCGAAUGAAGAUGUUGAAACAGGAGAGGACGCCCUAUCUUCAUGCAAUGAUGAAUCAACCGUUGACUCGAGUUCAAAGUCAAUAAAUGAUAAAAUUGUUUCCGCAACCAACGAACUACCUCCAGCCGAGGAGGCAAAUGCCGUCGAAGAACCUAAGGUGCAAACAAGCAAUGAAGAGAAGAACAAAAGUGAUAAACCUCACCACUGGAAAGGUUUCAGCCUCAAAAAACAACUCAGCCGCGUUGAUCUAAAAAUUAAAAAUACAUUCUCUAGCACGAAUCCUGAUAAAGAGUCUUCCACUAGUGGUGCUAAAAGUGAGGUUGCCUUGUCAAAAGCAAUGAGUGCCAAUGUUUCUCCGGCAGAUGUCGAUAACUCAAUUCCUGAAGACUUCUGCGAAGAAAGGCUGUGCUUAGAAAAUAUGUCAGACUUAAACUGUGAAAAUAUUCCGUCAAUUAGUGUAGAAGAUAAAAUUAGGUGUGAAAAAAAUAGCAUCCAAGAAGAGAGAGACUAUGAUAAGACUGAUGCCAUCAGGCCAACAGACCUUCAGUUGUUCGACCAAAAUGGGAAACCGUUUCGGCCGCCCAGGAGCAAAGAACGCAAAAGAGUUUCUUUGGACAAACAAUCUGCUCAACAACCCAGAGACACAAGAUUGCUGUCGGUUCCCAAUAUAAAGUACCAUCAUGCCUUACGGGAUCUCCGCAAACUUCGCCCAAACAGCAGUAGCAACCCUCCUUUCGCCAAUUUAAUCCGUCGAUUCAAUAAACUGGACAGCACAUCCUCCCGGUCCCGCAGUUCCAGCAUGAGUAGUCUGGAAAACAUCAACUAUGAAGCAGUACAGUGCCUAGCGUUUGCUGAUUCCUACACAAAAAAGUCUGAUGCUUCAACCUUCCCAACCCUAUGGGUAGGAACAAGUUUAGGUUCCGUUUUGACAAUCAUGCUGAAUUUGCUGCCUGCUGGAGAUGCCAGGCAGACUCAAUCUGUGACUGUAACUCCUUGUGGGUCAAUUUUUCGUCUCAGUGGAGGAAUACUGACGAUGUCUUUUUUAGAUUGUAAUGGUGCUCUGAUUCCAUAUUCCUACGAGGCAUGGAAAGAUGAAAGUAGAGAUAAGCAAAAAACUCCUACAAAACUAGCGUCAAACAGUAGAAUGUCUCCACCUCCAUCUGGAAGCGCGGAGAUGGCCUGUGAUCGUCAAUUUGUUGUGAUAGUCUCUGAAAAACAAGCCAGAGUUGUAGCGCUACCAUCCCAUAAUUGUGUUUAUAGGCAGCAAUUAGUCGAAAAUGAUUUUGUCGUCAAAUCUGAAAUUAUAUCUCUAAAAGAUAGCGUCUGUCUUGUCUGCUACAUCUCAACAGGGCGAGUGGUCGCUCACAGUUUACCUAGUUUACGGCCACUAAUAGAUAUCGACUUUCUUCCUCUCGCUGAUCUUAGUUUCCAGACACGAAAGCCUGGGAUUGUAGAUCCUAUGUUGUCAAUUUGGGGCCAACAGAUGUUUGUCAACGAAGAUACAGAUCAGAUUGCUCGAACAUUCUGCUUCAGUAAUCGCGGCCAUGGUUUGUAUCUCUGCUCACCGACAGAACUACAAAAGUUCACAGUGUCUGCUGAAUUUAGCGCAAGUUUAGCAGAAAUGAUGGGCGAACUAUUUUUCCCACACGAAAUGCCUGAAGCUCCAAAGCAAAGCUUUUUUGUCGGCCUAUUUGGAAGUGGAGUACGAACGUUGAAUAGAGAAGAAUUAUUUGGAGAAACGUCGAGUGGGCGUGCUUCGCGGAGUCUAGCCAAACAUAUCCCUAGGUCAUCAGCACAGAUUGAACAGCUGGGUCAGAGAGCAAGCACCGCAGCCAGCGAAGUUUCUCGGGCUCACCAGCAAGUUUUAGAACGAGGGGAACGGCUUUCUCAAUUAGAAGAACGCACUCAACGUAUGAUGUCUGAAGCUGAGAACUUCUCCUCAUCUGCACACGGACUUAUGCUCAAAUACAAAGAUAAGAAGUGGUAUCAGCUUUAAAAUUAGCUGUGCCAUUCUCUCAUUAAACUUAUUUCAAAUAAUUUUUAUUUAUAGUUUUGUAUCUUCGUUCAAAUGUAUAUUUUUAAAAUUUUUCAAAUUAUUUCCUACAAAACAAAACAAAAAGAAAACAAAAAAAAAAGAAAGUAAUAAUUAUUGAUCGCAUGAAUGAAAAAAAAAAUUGCCUACAAAAUGAUUCUGAUGGUCAAAUUAAUAAACUAGGCAAAUCUUAUACACAGGCCGAAAUAAUGUUUUUCUUAAUUUAGGUAGUAAGAUAAAGUACAUUCAAAAUUGAUCCCUUCCUUCUGCAUAGAGUAGUAACAUUGGUUUUUUCCUUCUCCCUUCUUUUCUUAAUAUUUUCUGUUCGUUUGAUUUGCACAGAAAGGGUCGGGAGUUUUUGAAUUAUAAUCUAGAAAUGUGAUUCUGGCAAAUGUCCAGAACAAUGUUUAAAUCCUAGGUAUCAUUUUGUUCAUUUAAUGUUUCAAUUCAGGGCAUUUUCUUCAAAGUCUGUUGUUAAUCUCUCCAAACUUGGAACCAUAGAUAAACAGAAGGAAGUGAACGACUUUAAAUUUGUCUCCAUUUUUAUUUCUCGUUAGUUUGGAAGCUCUAAAAAAAGUGGACACAAGCUCUCCUGAAAUUACUCAUGCGUGGUCGUCUACAAAGUUGAUCCCCUUUAUCUAACUUGGUUAAUAGUUCAAGGAUUUAUUGUCAGCCAGUUAUUUGAAUUUCAUAAUUCAACUUACCUCAAAAGAGCUCUUCAAUCAAAUUUUUGUUGUUGUUGUUGUUGUGUAUUUGACACUCAGGGUAAGUGUAGGCUGUUUCCUCCUCAUUCCAAAAUGCAAUUUCCUCUCCGAAGUUUAUGUAGACAAUUAAUUCAAUAAAGCAAUGAGAGACAGAUACUGGUUCAGAAAACUUGCCUAAUUAUGCCUGCCUUGGGCUGGUUUCAACUUCUCUAAUCCCUCACAUUUGGAAUUCCCUGCCUGGGCGCCUGUGUCUUCUAAUUUAGCUCCUCAUAAUUUGAGGAAGUCAACUCUUCUCAUCGGAAUAAGCUGUCCCGGCAAAAUGAAUAGCCCUCCAGAAAAAUGUCCACCUUCUAGUAGGUUUAUGGAAGCUUGUUACUCAGAUACAAUGCCUACCGUAGAGCAUCUAUGAAAAAUCUGGUUUUGUACUUGAUUUAAAUCACAGCACAGGGUGAUCAGUGCUUGAAAAGUCAUUGGACACUUGGAAAAAUCAGGGAAUUUUGCUCAACCUUGAAAAGUCGGGGAACUUUACCAAUCAACCUUGAAGUUCUUUCCUCCAGCCGAAACUUUAAGUUAUUUUCUACCAUACACGUACAAUCUAUCCACAAAAAUUUAAACUUCCAUUUGUAAAUUAUCGAAUUUCAAAAUUUUGUCUUUUUCAAAAGACUUUGCGCUGAAACAUUUUUGUCAAACACGUUUUCACGGAGUUAUGCAAAAAAGUAAAUAAAAUAAAAAAAAGUAACAUAAUAAAGUCAGGGACCUUUAAAAUUCAAGAAAACCUGUCACCUUGCAGUAGACAUUUUUGCAGGUUUUUGAGUUACAAAUCAAAAAAAAUUCUCAAUAAUAAUUUGUGUCUUCCCAUUAAAAAGGCAUGAUAGUUGAUAUUACCGUGUUGCAAUACCGCUCAAAUAGUUUCAGGGAGAAAAAAAUUAAACACUCUAAUAUUUUAUAAAUUCUACAGUCUUGAAAGCAAUCAUCAUUAAGUCAAAAUCAAAUUAUCUUAAAUUACAAAGGAACUUAUUGAGGGAACUGAUCUAUCCUUCCCUGAGGUGCAGCCAAACUUAAACAUUAAAUUGUCGCCAGAUUCAAUUAUUUCCAGACAGGUUUGCCAACAAAUUAAAAUUUUGUCUUAAUUAAUUAAUUGAAUAUAUGCGGUAUAAAUUUUGCUGAGCUGUCAUUACAGAGAAUUGUUGUGGUAUCAUAAAUAGCAUGGGUCAAAACAAAUGUAUUUCUUUUUUUCAAAUUUAAAAAUGAUUUAGUGUGCUGAGUUCUCUCCCAGUAUCAAAAUUUAAUGUGCCAAAAUAUUUUCUUUCCUAUUGCAUGAUUUGUGUAUAAAAAAAAGAACUUGUUCAAAGAAUGCAAGUCUGGCCAACCUGAAUGGCUGACAAAGAGCAAUUUGGUUAUUAAUAAACCUUCAGUGUACGAUUCUGGACUUAAAUUAUUGUGUACCUUAACUUUAUUAACAAGAAGAGCAGGCUCAAGGUUUUGUUGUAAAGCGAUUCAUUUAAAUGAAAAUAAUUUACUCUCACCCAGCAGUGCAAAUCGGCAUCAAUGACAGUAUUUCCCUAUAUAAGUAUUACUGAACUAUUCCUCGUCAAGAGCCAGAUUGUUUUAACAUUUUUAACCAAUACUGCAGCAGGUAGAAUAGCAAAAGGCCAAGUUUGAAGCCAGUACUUGGGCACUUGUGAGCCGUAAACUGGGGAAGUUGAAUUUUAAUCCUGGUCAACCUAGUCAUGUUAAGAUGUUUUUUUCCUCGCCUAUUAUCAGGCCACAACCCAAAACAUUCCAUUUAUCUAAUCAUGGUUUUAAGUACUUACAUUAAAAUAGAAACUAACCUCAGAAGAUGGUUUUUAUUUAAGGUUCUUUUUUUGUUAAGGAAUUUCUUAAUUUUAUUAAGGGUCACAUGUAGCUUCUUCGUGCCCAAUAGAAAUAAAUGCUCUGAUUAAAUAAGUUACCACUCCUUAGAUAGAGAAGUAGUUGUUUGAAAAUUUUAAAAUUAUUAAUUCAAUUGCAGAUUGCGCUAAUAGAUGGAGAUACAAAUGAGACUUUUACAGUGCUGCCAAACUUGAAAGAAAUUAUUAAAUUCCUUGAACCAGUCUUCAUCACUCUAAUCUAGCAUAGAUCUCAUCUACUGUCAAUAUAAAACUGUCCUUUUUUAUCUAACUAUACCUAAAUAGGAGAUGAUGUUCUGGGCUUCAGUAUUUUGAAAGCCUGUAUUUGUAGUUAAAAAUGUUUUGCUAGGUCAUGAUAUUUUUAUAUACUUAUUCCAUUAUUUGUUAUCGAUUCAUUUUAAAACUUAACGUUUUUUUAAUGCCGGCUGAAGCUGUUUUAGGGUAACUUUAAAAGGCACUGACCUAUUGAAGUGAUAUCAGACGACAAGUGGCAUUGCUAUGCUGGGUUAUUUGACUUAAAUGGAACAAUUGAAUUUAAGCUCAAAACCUUUAGUCUAUCGAACUACUUAUAUAUUUCACUUUAUCCCAUCUGGAAUCCAUAUUUUGAUAUGUGUAUCAUUUAUACUCUUCAGUUUUUAAUGUCAGAAGCUGAUCGAUCACUUGCAUGCUUAUUGUGAGUGAACAACUCCUCUUGGUCUAAAAGAAGCACUGAAUUUGUGCUCUGUCUUUAACACAUUCAUUAUGUUCUACGAAUGAGGGAAUAAUUUUUUAAAUUACCGAAAGGAUUUUUUAUUUUAUUUUUGUAGGCAAUAAUACUGUGGAGGUACAAAUACUCAUGCAGUCUCUUGAACCCUAACAAUAAUUAAUUUUUCAAUAAGUGCUAGUAGGUAUUUUUUGUAUUGUAAGAUGCCCGACUUUCACCGUACUUGCAUCCAGAUCAAUUUGGCAUGUGGGCCAUGGAAAAGUAUGAAAAACAAGUUAGUGAUUGUUUUAAAGUACUUUCAUUGUUUUGCACAGUGUUGUUAUCGCUAAAACAGUCCACCUUAACUCUGAAUCAGCUUAUGACAGGUGUAUCUUUGUUGAAAUAUUAUAUAGGUCUAAAAGAAUCUGUUUUUUCUUAUUUCUGAUACGUUUGUAGAGUAAAUAAUUAGUUGACGUCUUUUGAAUAUUUUUCUAUUCACUUGAUUAGAUUUGUGUUAAUAUUGGAUACAUGUGUAUGUCAUUUUGUUUCUUGUUGUCAGUGACAUUCCUAUUUGCUUGUUAUUUUAUUUUUUACAUCUUGUCAUAUUCUGACUGAGAUAACGUUUAUUAUCUGUACAUAGAAAAUGUUAAAUGUAAUUUUUAUUAUGUUACAGUUAACAUUGUUUGUAAUUCCUACUUCUUUUUCUCCUUGG